AUGGAUGAGAUUAAGUCUCUCAAGUCAGUCUUGCACAAUACCUUUGCCAUCAAAGAUCUUAGACUAUUGAAGUACUUUCUUUUAAUUGAAAUGGAUCACUCCUCAAAUGGUAUGUUCUUAAAUCAACGCAAAUAUGUUGUUGAUCUUCUUGAUGAGGCAGGAAUGAAGGAUAGUAAGCCUGCACGCACUCCUCUUAGUAGCAGACUUAAAAUAGAUGUUGAAGGAGAGCCUCUCUCAGAUAUUUAUGUUUAUCAACGCCUUGUCGGUAAGCUCAUCUAUCUUACCAUUUCAAGACUAUACCUCACUUGUGCUGUGAGUUUGGUCAGUCAAUUCAUGCACUCCCCUACCACUCAUCAUCCACAGAUUGUCAAAAGGAUUCUUCGCUACUUAAAGGGCACAGUUGAUCGAGUAAUUGUUAUGAAGAACAAUGGUCACUUCAACCUUGUGGGCUACUCAGACUCAGACUGGGCAGCUAAUGCCAUUGAUCAAAAGUCCAUAACUGGGUACUGUACUUUCAUUGGAGGCAACCUAGUUAUUUGGAAAAGUAAGAAACAAACUGUGGUUGCUCGUUCUAGUGCCGAAGUUGAGCAGUAUCGUGAAAUGGCAUCUAUAGUUUGUGAACUCAUAUGGUUAAAGACAUUGUUGGGUGACUUAGGCAUUGUGUGCAUUGUGCCCAUAUCUCUACAUUGUGAUAACUAG